UCGACAAUGAAUGUUCAAAUGUUGUUUUUUUAUUCUGUCAUUAUUCAUUUAUUAAAGUCUGUGUGAUAGGUGCCGAUUUUUGAUGCGCGUGCAUCACUGCGUUUAAUGUGUUAAUGCAAUUUAUCUUUCAAUAACUAACAGCAACAUGGCUUCUUACAGACAUUAUAAUUAUAUCUUUGUGAAUAUAUCAUCUUUAAUAUGGUGGUGUACUGUGGUAUUUUCAUGGGACAGAAGUGAGAAUAACAAUACAGCAGAAUGUAAAACUCUAUUUGUACACUAUUAUGACACCUAUACACACCAGAACACUUCUACAGUAUGUUGUGUGUAGGUCUACAGUUUGUAUUUACACCUUAUGUGUAUUGUGUUCAAUAUGAUAUGUUACAAACUGUACAUUUGUGUGCUGGUUUUUAUACCUCAGCACAAAUACUGCUCACACUUGUGUCUAUAGUCUGACAACAAAGUGACCACGGACUAUACAAAUAUCUGUUGUGUCGGAUGUGGAGAUUAUGGUACUCAACCUGUGUGAAGCGCAUUUCCAGACCACAAUACAGUGCAACAAGCUCUGUGCCGACGGUUAUGAUGUCACCAACCUUUUGUCCGAAGACCCGCUGACACGCCGGAGAGGUCUCAGACUGGAAUAUUUCCUGCGGCCUCCGCUGCACGUCACCCUGGCCUUCCGGCUCAAGAUGGAGCUGUGUCGGGUGGAUGUCGAGUUGUGGCCCUGGCGUUUGGAUCAGGGAAAAAACUCCCGCAGGCUGGAGAUCUUCAGCUCUUCAGAUGGAGACCGCGGACAGUUCAAGCUCGUGGCUCGGUGUGAUUUGCAGGACGACGUUCAGGUGCGUUUCCAUCACCCGAACUUUAAACCUCGAGCUCCGUUCCUCGAUCCGCCACCGCAGGGCCCAGCGCAGAUCAGACGUGUGGAUCUCUGGAGCCGCGGGCCGCAGUCUCUGGACUCUGUGGCUCAGCUCCGGGUCAGCAUUCCAUUCAGCGGCGCUGACACCGCGCUGGGAAUCAAGUCUCUGGCUGUUUGGGCCGCGCCGGCUCGCUGCUGUUCUUCUUCUGAAGUGGAGAAGUUCCACGAAGGUCACCUGAAGAGUCUGCAGAUGAGCCCUCCGUCAGCUGUUCCCACCUCAGAACCUCUCGAGCCACCUGAUAUUCCCAUUCCAGAAGAGUUCCUGGACCCGCUGACACAAGAACUCAUGGUGUUUCCCAUGAUCUUACCCAGUGGAGUGGUGAUAGACAACAGCACUUUAGAGGAAUAUCAGAAGAGAGAAGCUACAUGGGGCCGUCUGCCCAACGACCCGUUCACCGGUGUUCCUUUCGCGCAAAACUCCAAACCUCUGCCCAACCCUCUGCUCAAAAGCCGCAUUGACUGUCUGGUGCUGCAGACGGGACGCACGAGAGUCCAGAACAAACUCACGAACAAACCACAAGCUUCCAGACUUAUCGUGUCGGCCAUAACCUCCACAAACUCUAACGGCGGUCACGAGGAUCCAGAACCUUCAAGAACUCAAGACGACGUUAGAUGCGAUGAGCCUGUGGCCUGUACAAGCGUGUCAGCCCUCACGAGCAGAAAAACUCUUAAAAGAAAGUAUGAGUGUAGUUUUCCUUCCAGCGCGGUUGAUUGUGAGGCUGUAACGCGUGAGACGGUCUCGCACACCACCACAGAAUCUCACGAGCAGCGUCUGGCACACAGUUUAGAUGAAGCUCUGAAUCAAGCCCUUCAUGGAUUGCCAACAUUCACCUCGCAGAGUAAAACAGCCUCCAGCGACGACGCUUCAGAUGGUCAGCACAAAUGUUUGUUUUGUUCGUGUUUGUUGAGUGUUUAUUCUUGGAGCGUGUUGUCGUACUCUCUGCCCUGUGGACAUCUCAUGUGUGGACCGUGUUUACAGCGCAAACGCCCCUCAGACUCUCAGAGGUUAAAGAUCGAAUGCCCCGCCUGUGGCACGUUUGCUUCCAGCGGUGACAUCACGCGCGUGCAUCAUUAAACCACGCUUAUUUCAGUGAUGGUUGCAGAUUUUCUUUGUCUUUGUAUGUUUUUGUGUUUAUUAUUGAGAACAAAUAAAAUAAAGAAAUGAAUGUG